CAUAACUACUCGGCCAAUAGCUUAGGCUUAUUAUUAACUAGCUCUUUCAACUUACUAACCCCUAUAUCUUACUACGCUCUACCAUGUGGCAGAACAGGGUGUGUUCAUCUCCUGCUUUCUCCUUCCCAAUGCUCUCUCCAUCCGGCUCUCUUGCUUAACUUCUUUCUGCCUAGCUGUUGGCCAGUUGCCUCUUUAUUAAACCAAUGAGAUUAAAACAUCUUCACAGUGUACACAAGGCUUAUUCCACAGCAGGUUAUGCUUGGCAUGCCCAAGGCGCUGGGCUGAAUUCUUAGCACUGAAAACAGUAUCCAGGAUACACUGCUUAGCAAAAGAAGUCCCACAUUAUGGACUGCAUGAAUCUGUUUAGGAGGGAUAAUGAUGUAUAUGUUGCAAUGAGUGUUGGCAAAUUCCCUCUAGGCCAUGCUUCUGCUCAGCAAGCUUCUAAUCCAUGCUGGCAACUCUCUACUGUGUGUUCCUUACCAAACAACUUGGUUCAGCGUCUAGUGCAGCCUGCAGCCCAUCUUUCAGAGCUUGAGGUGUCAUCUUCCCCAUGCAGCUUCCCUAGUUUACCCCAUUGCAGGUCUUAUUAGGUUCUUUUUGUUUGUUUGGUUGUUGUUUUUUGUUUUUGUUUCCUUCUCAAAGCAAAAAGAGUCAAUGUCUGGAAAGGAAGAAAAGGCUGAAAGCUUCACUACGUAGUUUUAAAGUUGGUUAAAAAAUCGAUGUGACUAGCUGAAGGGUAGGUGUGUAGAUUCAGCGAACAGUUGACAGCCCAGAAACUCUCAUACUGAUAGUCAAUUGUCACAGCAAAAGGGGACGGAGAUUAUUCAGGGAGGGAAGAAUAAUCUGUACAGCUUGUGUAUCUUAUCAGUCAGCUGGUGCACAAACCACUGAUACCCACGUCCACAUCCACAAAAACGCCCGGUGUUCAUUGCUGUCCUCCCUGACUUUCUUCUUUCAAGUAAGGAUGUACUCGGGAACACGGAACACUUCGCUUUAAUGGCUAAACAAUUUACUAACAUACGGAUCUCUACAGUUAGCCUGGGAACUAUAAGGACCAGGAGGACCCACACAGAUGAAGAGCUGGAGCAGAUGACCUGGAGACGUAGAUCCACCCGCAGCUCAGCUCAGAAUUCACUGUCAGCUCGGCUUCCACUGCUUUUACCGGACGACCAUCGCAGUCGGGAUGAGUGUGGAAAAGGAGUGAGCGCGGGUCGGUUAGCAGCAGCCCGCAAGUACGUUCGCGGGCACCUGCACCUUUUGGGGCAGCUACUCAGCAAACGGACGGCAAUAAAGGGUUGAAAACUCUGGCCCAAUGUCUAUCGGAACCCGAACAACGAUAGUGAGCCGCUACUUAUGUCCUCUCAGGUUUAUUUCGCCGCUCUUGCAGUAGCAGCACAAUCCUCAGGUUGCAGGGAUCCCUGUCCCUUUAAGAGGGCUGAACUUCGCUCCGUUACUUCCGCCCCGAAGUGGCUUGGCGCAGGCGCGUUGGAGAGUAGGGCGAAGCCGUGGGACGCUUUCCCCUUUACAGACGUGGUAACGCCCUGGCGGCCGCGGGCUCGCCCGGCCAUGACGUCACUUCCGGGGCGGAGGACAGCGAGUGGUGCAGUGAGGGACAAACAAAAGGAGGGCGCCGGAGGAGCGCGGCGUCCGGCGGCGGGACUGUGUGGCAGAGGGCCGGGGCUGCCUGCCGGGCGGCUGCGAGCGGCGAGCUCAGGGCAGCAGCAGCGUCCAUGGAGCAAAAGGAAUGCCAGGACCCUGUGCAUCCAGACAGGGACCAGCCUCAGCACCAGCAGCCAACACGAAGAUAGCAGAGCCACCUCAGGGUUAAACCAUGAUCCCGGUGACGGAGCUCCGCUACUUUGCGGACACGCAGCCAGCUUACCGGAUCCUGAAGCCAUGGUGGGAUGUGUUCACUGACUACAUCUCCAUCGUCAUGCUGAUGAUUGCUGUCUUUGGGGGGACGCUGCAAGUCACCCAGGAUAAAAUGAUCUGCCUACCUUGUAAGUGGGUCACCAAAGACUCCUGCAACGACUCCUUUCGAGGCUGGGCGGAGCCCACUUACCCCAACUCUACAGUGGCACCGACUGCCGACACAGGCCCCACAGGGAUCAAGUACGACUUAGACCGCCACCAGUACAACUACGUGGAUGCUGUGUGCUAUGAGAACCGCCUACACUGGUUUGCCAAGUACUUCCCCUACCUCGUGCUCCUACACACCCUCAUCUUCCUGGCCUGUAGCAACUUCUGGUUUAAGUUUCCACGCACCAGUUCAAAGUUGGAGCACUUUGUGUCUAUCCUGCUAAAGUGCUUUGAUUCGCCGUGGACCACAAGGGCCCUGUCAGAGACGGUGGUGGAGGAGAGUGACCCCAAGCCUGCAUUCAGCAAGAUGAAUGGCUCCAUGGACAAGAAGUCAUCCACAGUCAGUGAGGAUGUGGAGGCCACUGUGCCCAUGCUGCAGCGGACCAAGUCACGGAUUGAGCAGGGCAUCGUGGAUCGAUCAGAGACAGGAGUGCUGGACAAGAAGGAAGGGGAGCAGGCAAAGGCACUGUUUGAGAAGGUAAAGAAGUUUCGGACCCACGUGGAGGAGGGGGACAUUGUAUACCGCCUCUAUAUGCGGCAGACCAUCAUCAAGGUGAUCAAGUUCAUCCUCAUCAUCUGCUACACUGUCUACUAUGUGCACAAUAUCAAGUUCGAUGUGGACUGUACUGUGGACAUUGAGAGCCUGACCGGUUACCGCACCUACCGGUGUGCCCACCCUCUGGCCACACUCUUCAAGAUCUUGGCAUCCUUCUACAUCAGCCUGGUCAUCUUCUACGGUCUCAUCUGCAUGUACACACUGUGGUGGAUGUUGCGGCGCUCCCUCAAGAAGUACUCGUUUGAGUCCAUUCGAGAGGAGAGCAGCUACAGCGACAUCCCAGAUGUCAAGAACGACUUCGCCUUCAUGCUGCACCUCAUUGACCAAUAUGACCCGCUCUACUCAAAGCGCUUUGCUGUCUUCCUGUCUGAAGUGAGCGAGAACAAGCUGCGGCAGCUUAACCUCAACAACGAGUGGACGCUGGAGAAGCUGCGCCAGCGGCUCACCAAAAACGCCCAGGACAAGCUGGAGCUACACCUGUUCAUGCUCAGUGGAAUCCCUGACACCGUGUUUGACCUGGUUGAGCUAGAGGUCCUGAAGCUGGAACUGAUCCCUGAUGUGACCAUCCCACCCAGCAUUGCCCAGCUCACAGGCCUUAAGGAACUGUGGCUGUACCACACAGCAGCCAAGAUCGAGGCUCCUGCUCUGGCCUUCCUGCGUGAGAACCUCCGGGCACUGCACAUCAAGUUCACCGACAUCAAGGAGAUCCCACUGUGGAUCUACAGCCUGAAGACACUGGAGGAGCUGCACUUGACAGGCAACCUGAGUGCAGAGAACAACCGCUACAUUGUCAUUGAUGGGCUUCGGGAGCUCAAGCGCCUCAAGGUGCUGCGGCUCAAAAGCAACCUGAGCAAGCUACCACAGGUGGUCACGGAUGUGGGAGUGCACCUGCAGAAGCUUUCCAUCAACAACGAGGGCACCAAGCUCAUUGUCCUCAACAGCCUCAAGAAGAUGGUGAAUCUGACGGAGCUGGAACUGAUCCGCUGUGACCUGGAGCGCAUCCCUCACUCCAUCUUCAGCCUCCACAACCUGCAGGAGAUUGACCUAAAGGACAACAACCUCAAGACCAUUGAGGAGAUCAUUAGCUUCCAGCAUCUGCACCGCCUCACCUGCCUUAAGCUGUGGUACAACCACAUUGCCUACAUCCCCAUCCAGAUCGGCAACCUCACCAACCUCGAGCGCCUCUACCUGAAUCGCAACAAGAUCGAGAAGAUUCCUACCCAGCUCUUCUACUGCCGCAAGCUGCGCUACCUGGACCUCAGCCACAACAACCUGACCUUCCUUCCUGCUGACAUCGGCCUCCUGCAGAACCUCCAGAACCUGGCUGUCACGGCCAAUAGGAUUGAGGCACUCCCCCCAGAACUCUUCCAGUGCCGGAAGCUGCGGGCUCUGCACCUGGGCAACAAUGUACUGCAGUCUCUGCCCUCGAGAGUGGGUGAGCUGACCAACCUGACGCAGAUUGAGCUUCGGGGCAACCGACUGGAGUGCCUACCCGUGGAGCUGGGCGAGUGCCCACUGCUCAAACGCAGUGGCCUGGUGGUGGAGGAGGACUUGUUCAGCACGCUGCCGCCAGAGGUGAAGGACCGGCUAUGGAGAGCUGAUAAGGAGCAGGCCUGAGCAGAGCCUGGAGGAGCAGCAAGGACCCUCAGCGUGCCCUCAGGCCAAGUGGGCAGUUCAGUUCUCCCAGGACUGCUGGACAGCCAGCCGGGUCCAGCCAGGUUCAGCCAUGCAGAACCUGGACCAGGCAUAAGCUGGGCCAGGACAGAAGACAGGAACUGAGUGAGGGGCUGGCCCCUUUUCUCCCUCUGGGACUCAUACACCCAGGGCAGGCACUUGCUGGAGACCGGAAACUCUGAGACUAGUCUCCGAGUACAGUAUUUGGACAAUCAGGGUCUUCACCCUGGAGGCCGUCUCUGCCUCUGGGGCUGAGCUGGCACCAGAGGCCCAGGGACAGUAACUUAGAUUUGGGUAUUUAUUUUGCCACUUCCCAUCUCCUCCCUCCAGAUAACUUAUACAUUCCCAAGAAGGUCUGGGUCUGGGAAGUUUUUAAGAGACCUACAGGGUUUGCCUUUCCUUUCAGGUGAUGCUGACAGAAACAGUGCCCACCCAGACUUAGGCAGAGCCAACCGCAGGACGGUCACCCUAUUGGCACAGGGCUAGGAUCUGGCAGUGAAGCUUGUGGGAGACCAGGCCUCCAGGUGGAAGGGUCAGGCCUGGGGCUUGCCCCAUCAGUUUUUGAAGCAAUUUUAGGGUUUUUUGUUGUUGUUUUGAUUUUUUUUUAAGCUUUGAAAAUGAUGGUUUGGGUAUUAAAAAAAAAAAAAACCUAAAAAUAAAAAAAGACACUAAAGGCCAGUGAGUUGAAGUCUCAGGAUGGGUGGUAUUUCCCCUUGAGCAAAGCAGCAAGACAUUGAAGGAAACUUCCUGUCCCUAUGGUGUGGGCCAGGAUGUUUUCGUAUCUGUCCUGACCUUGGUCCAGCGGAGCUGUUUGUUCUUCUCUUCUCCUGGGCAGGCAGGGCUUUUAUUUUUGUUUGCUUUUAGGGUUUUGUGUGUGUGUGUGUGUGUGUGUCUUGUUAUUUUUCUUCUCCAUGGGUCUUGGCAGACACCCUUUUCAUGACUGUCAGCCAAAAGGAAGGCUCUGGAACUGCCAAGAAGGGAGGAGACUUGGGCUGGCUGAUCCCCAGGGUACCGGUGCUCCAUCCCUUCCUCCCCACCCCCAUGAUGCCACUCAUGCACAGUGUUAAGGAGACUCGAGCAGCUGCUUCCCCCAGACUGUCCCCACAUCGUGUGUCGUGGGUUUGCUCAGUGCCACCACUCGCCUCUGCUGCUGCUUACAUUGGCUGCCACCAUCUGGUCCUGAUUGGGUGCGGAGAGGUCACCUCUGGGAGGGCAGCUUCCAUACUGGGCACCUGGUUUGCACACAGUACAGUUAGCACCUAGUGGUGGUAAGCCACUCAGCUUUAGAUCAGUCACUAGGGUCCCCACUUUAGAAGGGUCCUUGCCUUAGAUCAAUCACAUGGACACUAAGGCACGUUUUAGCGUCUCUUGUCUUAACAGUUAUGUCUGUCUCUGUCCCUUUGUGUUUUCUGCGUCAUGUCAUUGGAUGUAACCCUUGGAAACACUGCACACUAGCCUCUGACAACCAUGAAGCAAUCCGUUACACGUGGGUCUGACUUGUGGACUCAGUUCAAAUAUCAAAUAAAUCUAUAACAAAGUU